CUGUGCCAGCCGUUAGGACGGGCACGUAUGAUGGCAUUAGUGAUGACUUAUAUCCAAAAACCAGCGGAACAGAAGGAUUUCGGGCAAUCUGCGAGGGGACCCCGCAUCGCACCGCACCCACCUCCCCCGGGAGCCGGGGCCGAAGCGGGCUCUCCCCUCCUCCGGUUCCACCGCACCGCCCCGGGGCCGGGGGCCGCCCGCGGGCAGGGGACGGGCGAGGGGCGGGCAAGGGGCGGUGCUGCAUGCGGGGCCGCGCGGGACGGCGGCGGCAGCGGAGCCGGAGCCGGGCAGGGGUGGCCGCGACGGAAGCGGAGCAGAGCGGAGCCGGGCGCGAGAGGCUUUUCUCAGCAUGCAGUGCCUUUAGAUUUGGCUGCGAUAACCAACCACAUCCGGCACAUUGGAUUUCUGGCUUGCAUUCUUCUGUUAUCCUGCUUUUCUGAAGAACACGCUAUUCCUUUGCCCUGGGCUUGGGCAGUAAAGGGUAGAUCUGAUCGCUGGCUGACUUGUUACUUCUUCUCUGUGAUGGAGAAGUGCUCAUCUAAAACAAGCCCUUUGUUAUGCUGCUAAAACUGCCUUUGAAUACGAGAUCUGUGGUGAUUGUGAAAACACAAAACCCAAAAUGUCGGAACCCGACCCUUCAUCUGGUUUUGUAGGAAACAUGGAAAAUGGGACUUUUCUGGAGCUAUAUCCCACGUCGCUUUCAACAUCUGUGGAUUCAUCACCUGGCCGUUUAUCCAACGUCUACGUCUACGUUUCUAUAUUCCUCAGUCUCUUAGCUUUCCUCCUUUUGCUAUUGAUCAUUGCACUUCAGAGGCUGAAAAACAUAAUUUCUUCCAGUUCCUCAUACCCAGAAUAUAACAGCGAUGCUGGAAGUUCCUUCACUAAUUUAGAAGUCUGUAGUAUUUCUUCCCAGCGGUCUGCUCUUUCAAACCUUUCUUCGUGAAACUAAAUGAAAGGGAAUAUAUAGGGCAUGAAGAAGCUUUGUCUAGUUUCUAGGGGAGGUAGUGCAUGCAACAUUUGCCUUAGGAGACGAUGAUGAAAAGGCGGCAUUUAAAGUUUACUUAGUUUUUUCUUUCCUUUUCUAGUCUUCAUUUUCCCUUUUACUAAUGUUGAUUUUCAUUUUGGAUAAUGACUCUUAAUCAUUGUUUCAUGCUUGUAACUGUGAUGCUGUCUUUUUCUCACACGUAUGUGGUGUACAUUAGGAGUAUUCCUGCCAAACUGUAAUAUGGUUCUAAAUAGAUGUGUCAUUUUUUUCUGCUCUAGUUGUGGCCCCUUCCCUGGUUUUGUAUCAGUAAUAUGCUGUUUUUCCUUUUUUAAUUAGGAAAGGAUGAAAUCUCUAUUGCAAAAGUAACAAAAAAUGAGCUUAAAUUAUCAGUAUAGUUCGUGGGACAAUUUAAAGUUGUUGACAUUGUUUCUUUUUUCAUUUUUCUUGUCUUCUUCAGUAUUUAUUAGUGUUUAUUAAAUGCAACUAAAAUCCACCUCCUGAAGAAUGUUACAUUUGUUUAUUUGUACUUCCAAAUCAUUCUGGAUACAUUGUCUGUAUUUCAGUUUUUGAAUCUCUGAAAUCUUUGGUUAAAUUAGUAAAGCAACUACAAUAACUAUGGUCAUUGCCGAA